CUGUUUUGCUUGUGGUGGAGGUCAAAUUCGCUUCUCGUCGAUUCCCAUGUUGCCCCAAGAAACGGGGUUCAUAUCAUUUUUUAACUUCAUUCCAAACUCGAAAAAAUUAGCCUGUUCAAGUAAUCGUCGAGGGAACGCACAUUAAUGCGGUAAAAUGAUUAAAGCGAAGAUUUUGAAUUCGAAUCCGAAUCUAUAUUUCACAGCGCAAAUUUUCAUAUCGUUCUUUGGCUCUUGCUAUGUCAAGAACAGGUUAUGUUGAUGUUUUCGUUUUGGUAGCAGAAAGCCGAGUCUGAAGUGAAAACAGAACUCCAAAUCCUAACUUGUUGUCCCCCCUGUGUUCAAACGUGUUAAAAACGGCCUUUACUUUAAUUUGAUUGUGUCCAAUCGAGGUUCAAAAUGGAUCCAGACAGCACGGAUUCUGACUCAUCUGUCGAUUUUGAGAUUGAUACAGAGCCUGCAUUUGUGUUAGAUGACCUAGUGGACAGUGACAGUACCCCUGGUUCUGGUUCUGGUUCUGCUGAUUCAGAGUUUAUUCCGUCGAAUCCAGGCACAAACCCAAUGGAACACACCUUUGAUCCAUCUCUUCCUUCGCAACAUUCGUAUCUAGGAACAGAUCUAACAGUGCUGUAUGGACGGACAGUACUGGAUGAAGAUGAUUCAAACUGGAUUCCACUUUAUCCUCAAGUAGAUGUUGUGCUUGUUCCUGGUCAAACCUUGCCCUUGGCUAUUUUCAACGCAUCAUAUAUUCAAAUGAUAAGACAAGUUAUUAGUGGAAACAGAACUUUUGGAACUAUCUGCAUGCUACGAAAGACUCCUGGAUCUGAUGAGUUGAGCCAUGCUGAUGUGGGAACAACUGCAGAAAUCUAUGAAGCUCAUGAAAGUGCAAGCCAUCAUGCCAUACGUGUUAAAGCAAUAGGACGACAGCGUUUCAAAAUUUUAGAAACAACAGACCAUACAAGCGGGUUUCUAACUGCAAGAGUUAGAAUACUUCCAGAAGUAAAACUCCCAGACCCUCUGUCCAUGAUGUCAUGUCCAGUGUUGGAUCGCUUCAGAACUAAGGCAAAUAUAGGAGCAUCUACAAAGAGAAAACAUAAUCUGAGGCUUUAUGACUCCAUUUCUUCAAUCUGGCCUGCAUGGGUUUAUGAUCAAUAUGACCCAGAACGAUUAGUGAAACAAAUGUUGGAGAUUUUAUCCUGUCAUAAAGCAGUUUCUCCAAUUCCAACGGAUCCUGUUGCGUUAUCAUAUUGGGUUGCACGUUCACUUCCAAUCAAGGAUUCCAGAAGACUUGUGCUUCUCCGAAUGAAUUCUGCCAUUGAUCGUCUACGAUGGGAAAUUUUCACACUAAACAAGCUAAGCUUAUUAUGUUGCCGUCAAUGUGGGCAACAUGUAGCUCAUCAACAAGAUGUGUUUUCAAUGUCAGUGGAGGGCAUGCAAGGGACCUACUGCAAUGUAUACGGCUAUGUUUAUGAAACAGUAACCAUACACAAGGCUACUGGACUGAGGCUGCAAAAUGCUCCACCUUCCACCGAGUUCAGCUGGUUUCCAGGGUACGCAUGGACAGUUGCUGCCUGUUCGCGGUGUAGGAAACACAUGGGUUGGCAUUUUACAGCAACAAGCCCUGAUAUGAAGCCGCGAGGAUUUUGGGGGCUUUGUCGGCGAGCUCUUGAAGCAAAGUUGGAGGAAGUUGAAAGUACUGAGUGAGUGCUGCCAGAUAGGUCUGGGUAUUCAAAUAAAUGUGAUUCAAGCUGCAGUCAGUGGUGGCAGCCUCCAUAUAUGUGAUUCAUUGCUAUGUACAACUACAUGCUCAGAGAAAUUUUCUGAGGGGUCAAGUGGGUUAAGUUUUGUUGUGAAGUCAGACUGUAAAAGGAAAUAAAAGCAACAGUAGUUUACCUUACUUCAGUACAAUGGAUAUUUGAGCAAGUCUAAUUUAGAUGAAGUGUAAAGGAACUAAUGUAACUAAGUGAUAGUUAAAUAAUCUAAAUAAAAAGAAAGAAAAAAACAGAAGUAA